AAGGGUCACUCUCCUCACGCGGAAGUGAAUUUGAGCUGUCAAACACAUUCUGGCAAAUCAGUUUCAGCGUUUUAGUUCUCCGUAGACGGGAAAGUAGCUGUUGACGUGACUUCAGAAUGGACAGUCCACGCUGGUUGCCCCUGGAGUCAAAUCCAGAAGUCAUGACCAAGUUUGUCAACUGCUUGGGAAUGAGACCAACCUGGCAAUUUGGAGAUGUCUACGGAUUGGAUCCAGAGCUUCUCGGUAUGGUACCAAGGCCAGUGUGUGCCGUGCUCCUUCUCUUCCCAGUGACCGAUAAGUAUGAGGCUUUCAAGCAAGAAGAAGAAGAGAAACUCAAGGGUCAGCGGCAGGAGGUCUCUCCUGACGUUUACUUCAUCAAGCAAACUAUUGGAAAUGCCUGUGGAACGAUAGGAUUAAUACAUGCAGUGGCAAACAAUCAAGCUCAUUUGGAAUUUGAUUCCGAUUCUCCACUGAAGAAGUUCAUUGAACAAACGUCCAAAAUGACUGCAGAGGAAAGGGCAGCCUUCCUGGAAAAAGACGAGAGCAUACGUGUUACACAUGAAUCCAGUGCACAGGAGGGGCAGACUGAGGCCCCGAGUUUAGAUGAGAAAGUGAACCUUCAUUUUAUAGCUUUUGUGAAUGUCGGAGGACAGUUAUAUGAACUGGAUGGCCGGAAGCCUUUCCCUAUUGUCCACGGAAAAACCUCAGAAGAUCGUUUCCUGGAGGACGCUGCAGAGGUUUGUAAGGUCUUCAUGGCUCGCGACCCUCAGGAGCUGCGUUUCACCAUCAUCGCCCUCUCCAAAGAUUAACUGUGAGGAAGCACCCUUCUGUCCCUCAGCAAAAACAAAAGAAAACACUACUGCCAAACAUUCUCAAGUGCUGAAUUCAUUGGAUUUUUGUUUUUUCUUUGUGCAAAAUAUCCAUGGGGAAUAUCGUAAAAUAUCAGGGGUAUCAUUCUGAAGUAUUGUUCCAUUUUCUUGGUAUGAAUAACUUUAAAUUCUAAGGGAAUUGGAGUAAAAGUAUUUCCUGUUAAGAUCAAACUCUUCCAGUUACCCACUGCUGAAUCCUCUAGCUCUAAACCGAUAUCAGCUGUGCUAUCCUGACGCUGCACUUAAGUUUGUUCACAUGAAGUGUUUUGAGAAAUAUAACUUUCUUCAAUGUUGCAUACUGCAUAUGGUGAUUUUGUUUUGAAAUGUCCAAUCUGUCCAAACCGCUGGAUAAAAGUAUUUAGCAAGGCUUUAAUUUUAUUCAUAGCUUUGAAAAUGACAUCCUAUGGCUGUUGUAAGCAGAUUAUCAAAAUCUGAUGCAGGGUGUACAUCCGCCUGGAAGGUGCCUACAUUUUCUUAAAAAGAAUGUCAAAUAAAAGGCAAAUUUAC